AUGAUGAAUCCAUCAUCAACAUCUUCCCGACGACGCAAUAUUCAGCCCCGACAUGACCAUGAGAAUUCUGUAAAUACUAGUAAUAGCAUGACAACUACUUCUCAAAAUGAGUUUAAUAAUACAGAGGAUGAUGAUGGCAUCAACGUUGGAAAUGAAGAAGUUGCACCACCAACAGACAACUAUUCUCCGAACUUUUAUGAUAGCCUGUUUUAUGAGGAUGUCGAGUCAAGAUUAUGGGAAAAUGACUCGUCCUAUCUUGUUGCUGUUUCUCCCAAGAUAUUUGAAAAUAAUAGAAUUCGUUUGAAAGUAAUUCUCGGGUAUCGAGUGCAAUCUAUUGUUCAUGCUUUGCCUUCUCCUUUGGAGAGUGAUGCAGCUGCUGUUUCAGGACAUUUACUUCCCUAUGAUCGAUAUAAUAGGAGAAGACUUUAUCAAUCGUAUUACACUCGGGAACGAUUAAGAAACAUGUCACCAGAAGAAUUUAAUCAAUUACCAGAAUAUCAACAACGAAGAAUUCUCAAAGAAAGAUUUCAAGCCAGAAGAUUAGAACAACGAAGAGGUUUGAAGGAUUCAUUGAUAGAAAAUGAUCGAUAUGGAAAUUAUUUGGGGGGAGGUUUUUAUUCUUGGAAUAAUUUUCUGUAUUGGGCAAGUAGAAAUUUAGAGCAACUUGGAUGGAAGAGCUUGCUGGGAGUUGUUGCCUUUGUGUUUGGGUUAUACAGAACGGCGACUUCUCGAUAA